AAUUCACAAAUUUGUUCUUUUAAUGAUGAAUCUACUGGUUUUUAUGCUAGCUGGCAUAGUAAUUUGGAUUAGUUAAUUUUAUUGUAAAUAUGAGAAACUUUCCAAGAACCCCAAAUUUUCCAUUGAAUGGAUUUUUUGAUGAACCUAUAUUUCGAGAGCAACAUUUUUGGAUUGUCAACAGAAAUGGCCGUAAUUGAGAAUCCUUCUGGUUCCUUUGUUUCAGUCACUUCGGCACGUUUUGAGUUCGGUAGACCUCCAAUACGCGAAGUUGGAGGAGGCAUUUUAAUUAAGCCUAGAGGGACUUUUAUGGACGCUACAAUUGUGGCAAAUUUUGCUGUUGAUGAAUCUUUUUUUGGAAUGGGAUGUAUUGAAUUAUUGUUUUUCACUGAUUUAACACCAAUAAAUGCUCCAUAUGGAGGUAUACCACAUUCGAGAACUAUUUGUGAUUUAACAAAAACAUGUUCACGAUUUCCAUGUCCAGAAUAUGGUAAAAUCCCUUUUGGCGGAAUUUCACCGCCAAUGGACUAUCUGGAUAGUAAUUUAAAUCAAUUUAUUCCUCCAUUUGGUUCAUUACCUCCUCAAGCUUAUUCUCCUUAUUUUCCUCAAUCUCCAAAUUAUUUACAAAAUUAUAACAAUAAUCCACUAAAUAAUUAUCAAAAUUAUCCAUUUCCUAACCAAUUUGACCAAAAAUUAAGACAACAACAAUUAUCUUAUUUAAAUAAAGAUUCAAUAUUUAAUAACUGCCCCCCAACAUUUAAUGAAGAAUCUUUCCAAUUUUCUUCUUCAUUAUAUCCUCAAUAUGACAAUAAUCCCUAUUUUAGUAGACUACCUUUAUCUUUUGCAGAAAGAGUUAAGAAAAUAAAGAAACGAGGAAAACAAAAACAAAUAAAAUCCUUAGAAGAUCAAAAAACAACAAAUCCAGAUAUUUCACCAUUAAUUAAUUUAAAUAAUACUUUAUUACCUUUAAAAGAACAUUCAUUUAAAUUUAAACGUCAAAUACCAUCAAAGCCCAUUGUUUCGCCUUUUAAUCAUCAACAAAAUAAUAAUAUUAAAGUUUCCCCUUUAAAAGGAACAGCAUAUGAGGGGCAAGACAAUAUUUAUCCGAGAAUUGAAAAUACAAUACCUGCAGCUAAUCCACAAUACGAAGCAUUAGAAAAUUGGAAAAAUAAACAAGGAAAACAACAACAAAAUUGGCAUCCAAUCGAGCAGGGAGGUGUUAACAAAUCACAAAUGUAUUGGCCUUGGAGAACAAAAAUUGGUCAACAAGAUGUUAUGGCGGGGGAUUUUAAUGAAAAUAAAGAGGAAAAACAACAAUUCGAGCAAUUUAAAGGAAAAGAUGUUGGAUUACCUCAGACAAAAAAAUUAAAUUUUUAUGAUCCUAAAAAGUGUGAUGGAGGAAUUGAUCCAUAUUGGUGUAAAGAUUAUAUAAAACAAUUUAUGUUAGGAAUUGAAGGAGGAAAUAAAAAUAAUAAUAAUAAAUCUUCUUCCUGUCCAGCACUUUUAGAAUCUCUCAAAAAUAGUGAUCAUCGAUGUUGUAAUGCUUUACAGCAAUUAGGUUGUUAA